AUGGAACCUUGGGGAAUUGUACUUAUCGUUUUCUCUGUAUUCUUCUGUUUGAUGCUUAUUUUUGCUUUCCUUAGUCGAUGUGGUUACGUUGGGAAUAUUAAAUUUCACGGCGGCGGCGGCGGUGGUGGUCAUCCUCAUCACUUUGGCGGAGGUAUUCAUAGCAUACAUAUCGGCGGUGCUGGGGAUGCAGGGCAUAGCAGUUGGGGAGGAGGUUUUGAUGGUGCAGGAGGAGGAGGUGGUGGUGGCGGAGGCGGCGGUGGUUUUGGCGGAGGAGCCUGUUAA